AUGAAGGGAGUUGAUUGGAAAGCCUUCCGAGACAAUUUACCGUUCACCACCUAUUCACAAGGAUUUUAUCAUUUUGAUUUGAUUACCAGAGCAAUUGGCAUGAAUAGGUUUGUCAGUUCCAAAACGGUCUACCGAGACCUCGUGCAGUGCAUGAAGGACCGGGAGAUCAAGGCUCUUGACAAUGCCAUACAUCGCCAGUUUCGUGGUAUCGGGAUUGAGAAAACAUAUGCUCGGCCGAAGAAGGGAGGAUAUGGAUUGAUCAAAUUGGAAUUCCAGUUGCUUGGACAUCGUGCUAAAGUAAUCUUGCAAGCGUGUCUGUCCACCAGGUGGUAUGAUACUCUUUUGAGAUUGAAAAUGCUUCAUCAUAUGGUUAAGAUCGAUAAGGACAACAAGGACACUCCUUUGGGCGAUACCAUGACGCUUGAAGUGGCGGAUUUCUUACUCCAAGAGUCUGAGAAAUACGUUCAGAACCUCGAGUGGACCUUUACGGAGAAUGAGAUUGAAUAUAUUUGGGCUUGGAGACAUUUAGUUGAAUUAAAGCGGGACACCACCCAUGAAGUCCGUACAUUUGAUAAACAGGAAAUUCUUGCUCAAGCCAAGAAGCCUGUGGAGCUUACGGAGGACGAGGAAGAUACAGUUAAACAUACUGCGUUUCGAUUCUCUUUCACCAAUUAUGCCGAGGCGGUUUACAGAGAUUUGCCCAGCUGCUAA